AUGGUUUGAACCUGUGGGCGGUCCACGUCAAGUUUUAAAAUCUCAUUAAACAUGUGGUAGUGCGAAAAUAUUUAGUUAUAGGUAAAUUCUAAUCACACUGUGAAAACUGAAUACGUAUGUUCGACCUUUCAAAAGCGCCGGUAGCAAACGGACAGCACUAACCACAAUUUCGUCCUUAUGUUCUUGGCUUCCUGUCACACGUCCGUUCUUAUCUGUUUACUUUUUUUAAACGGGAAACGGAAACUGCAAAUAUCAUGAGUGGUCUUCUAUGCUACCAAAGGACACAGAUCGGUACAAAAAGUUUUAAGGUUGAUCCAUGUAUUCGUAGCAGGGAGAUUCAGACAGUCGCCCACACCAUCCAUGACGUCAGAGGACGUAGACCAAUCAGCGAUCAAUGACCGUUGGAGAUAAUUUGGGACAAGGCACUGAGGCGGCGGCAGCCAUGGCGGACGUAGCGAAGAGCGCCGGAGGUCCGGCCCAGCAAACUGUAAGUAGCGGCGACGCGGCCCCGCUGGCUGUUGUGUGUGGCGAACUAACCUCGGCCGGCUCCCUCUCCGACCUGUCCCUGCCCGAGCAAGAGGACCAGAGCCUGCAGGACCUCAUCGAGUCCGAGCUGGCGCUGAGGAUCGCGCAGUCCGAGGACCUGGACGAGGACUCGGAGGCCUCGGAGGAGGACGGCGACGUGAACACGAGGUUCAUCCUCGCCGAGCGCAACCACUCCUUCCAGACCUUCACCGGCAACGACACCUUCUUCUUCAGCACGCUGGAGGACACCCCGCCCAGCAACGGCGACGACGCGGUGGCCUCCCCUCCGUCCCCUUGCCCUCCCGUGCUCGCCGCCGCGGUGUUCGACCCCUUCGUCACCACCAUCGUCGACGCCGAGUCGUCCUCCCCCAGCGCCGACUCGGAGAUGGUGUGCCUGGCCCACGACGCGGCCGUCGGCGACCUCGUCGACCUCGACCUCGACCUCGACCUCCCCGAGGACCCGGCGCCUGCCAGUAACAGCAUGCUCGAUGUCGCCGACGUCGAUGUCGCUAACAGUUUGGAGUGCAGUGUUCCCACUAACCCGCCCGUCAUCCCGGAGAUCGACGUGAUCCCCCCGGACGACGACGGCUGCUGCUCCGACGACGACGACUACGACCCGGAGGAGGAGGAAGAGGAGCUCGUAAGUAGCGGCGGCCAGAGGUACUUCGAGGACGAGCCGGAGAGCGAGUGGACCACGGUGGCCGAGGCGGUGGGUCCGCCGCGAGACGAGCAAGACGCCGACGACGCGAACACGAGGUUCAUCCUCGCCGAGCGCAGCGCCUGGGAACCGGAUGAGCCCGCGGACGAGCACCGCUCGGGAAUCGAUCACGACAGCGAGAUCGACCAAGGCUCGCAGAUCGAACAUGUGCGAGCGGUCGAACCGGAACCGGAGCUGGAACUACCGGAGGUGGCCCCGGAACAGGGUCCGAAGGAUCUUGCUUGCGAAGUUCUUGCCGAAGUUGUGGACGACGACAGCCAUGACUCGUCUUCUUCGUCAGAGGACACCGAAUCAGACCGCGACGGCGCGAAGGACGCGACCCUCAAGAGCAGCAAGAAGAAGCGCGCCGAAGGAGGCGACGUCUCCAAGACCAAGAAGAGCAAGAAGACGAAGAAGGGUUCUGACCAGGAGAAGGAGAACAUCUCGGUGAUAACAAAUGGCUAUAGCUACGACGACCAGUACACCCACCAUAGCACUAACAGUAACAGCUUGGACGAUGGCAGCGACAGGCAUGUCGACCCUCUGUCGGAGUGCCCCAGCGAGAGCACUGUAGCCGAGGAUGACUUGUCCAAUGUGUCUGUUAGGGAGUUGAAAUCUGCGUUUACAAAACAAGCUCGUUCUGAUACCAAGGUCGCAGUUAAAGAGCUGGAUGAAGAUAUCUUGCAUUGUGGUCCCAUUCUAUCGCGGAAGCAGACGUACUGUAGCGAAGCCAGCAAAAGCUUCGGCGGGACAAACGGUACGGAUAAGGAGGUCAUCGCGACGGGCAUCUCGAUCAAGGAGCUGCGACGAAGCUUUGGCGACCUCACCAAGAUAUGUGAUGAUGAGGUGGAAGAGGCUACAGAUGGGAUUCUCGAGGCAGACGAUGAGCGGACACACGGGAAGCAGCGUAGCUCCAUGCCCGGUGGGGUUGUCGAGACUUUCCGAGACGGCAAGCUGGACGACGGCCUAUGGAAAACUCGCUCCCUCGGGGACCUGAGGCCGGCUCGGUCGGGCGGCGCGAGGCUCUCCGAGGCACCGGCCAAUCUCGGCUGCGAGCUGGACGUGUUUACUGGAGUGUCUGUGAAGGCGCUGCGAGCUAGCUACUGCAGUUUGGUCCAUCUGGAUGACAAGCCCACUGCUAAGGAAAUGCUGAAGAACAUGAAGUCAAGUUUCUCGAAGUUCGAUCAACUCAGCAAGAAGUCUGUUCUCCAUGUGCGCUCCGUGGAUGCUGCCAAAGUACAGAAGCAGUUUAACCAGACCGCCGCGGCGUCCCCGGAGCAGGCGACCAACUGCCGGUCGUGCGGGAAGCAGGUGUUCCAGAUGGAGCAGGUCAAGGCGGAGCGCGCCGUCUGGCACAAGAACUGCUUCCGCUGCAAGGAGUGCAACAAGCAGCUCACAUUGGACAUCUACAGUAGCCACGAAGGCCAGUUGUACUGCAAGCCACACUUCAGAGAGCUGUUCAAGCCCAAGGCCGUUUUGGAAGAUGAGCAUGAGAUGCCACGCCUUCGCAGACAUGAGUUGAUCAUCCGGGAAAAUCAACCAAUAGAACUGCCACCAGAAGUGGUCAGAGCCUCGGACAAGCCAGACCUGGGCCUGGAGGAGCUGAGCGCCCUCAACGUCAAGUCGCGGUUCCAGGUGUUUGAGAAGGCGACGGAGGAGCCCGCCGAGCUCGACAGGUCGCCCAGCGCCGUCAACGUCAAGAGGUCGCCCAGCAUCCUCAGCAAGCUCGCGAGGUUCCAGGCCAAGGGCAUGGACGUCGGCGUGACGGACGAGUCGCUGAACGGCAUCCCGUUCGAGGAGUCGUCCAGCUCGAGCGAGGAGGAGGGGGAGGACGACGAGGGGGAGAACGACAAGGGGGUUGUGCGAGGCAGCCGGAAGCAGCGAGAGCAGCCCGUCAGCUUCACCAAGAUGGAGGACAUGAAGUGUCGGUGGGAGACCGGGAGCGCGGCCAGGAAGGAGAACCUGAGAGAGGAACGCAAGCACGAGAUCAGCAACAUUCGUUCACGACUGUUCAUGGGCCACCAGGGCAAGAUGAAGGAGAUGUACGAGCAGGCGGUGCAGGAGUCGGAGCGCUCGGCCCAGAGGAAGGGCGUGGACAUCAAGUCGGAGCGCGCCCGCUCCAUCAAGGAGAAGUUCGAGCGGGGCGAGGUCUUGCCGGACGACGACCCGGACGCCGCGAGGGAGGACGCCACCCGGAAGGCCAUGGAGGAGGAUCUCAGCGUCGUGGAAGCCGGAAUCUCGAAGAAAUCUCGCAGCUUGUUUCUGGAACUGGACGCAUCCGCAGCAAAAAAUCAGCAGCCGCUCCUGCCGAUUUCGCCCGUCAAAGCGACGCCUUCAUUUAGGGAGGAUACCAGGAAACUGUUCACUUCGCGCCAGGCAUCGGAGGACGUGGUGCGGUGCUCCGACACGGUCGAGGACGUGAAGGUGGAGACGGAGGAGGUCACCACCAAGUUCAAGUUCUUCGAGGGCUACAAGCCGCCCGAGAAGCAGCGGAGGCAGUUCCGCAUCACCCCGCCGCGAGACGGCCAAGUCAAGGCGGAGUCCCCGGACCGCGAGAUCUACCGCGACCCCAGCGUGGUGCGCUGCGAGGAUAAGGCGGAGGACGACGGGGAGCUGGUGGCCCGCAGCCACACGACCAGCAAGAUGCUCUCCCUCUUCAGGCAGCUGGAGGAGAACGCCAGCAAGGAGGACCUGCCCGAUGGACCCAAGCCGUUGAAGCGAUUCACGCCACCUCCCGACUGCACCCACGAGUCGGAGAGCUCCGAGGAGGAGAGCGACUCUGAGGAUGACGAGGACGAGAACGAGGAGGAAGACGAGCGCGUCAACCCCAACGUCGUGCGUGCGUCGGACAAAGUCGAGGACGAGUUCCUGAAGCAAGCGCAGAACGCUGCUCGCGCUAAGGUGCUGAGGGCAAAGUUUGAGCGCUGGGAGGAGAAGGAGAACAAGGCUAACAUCAGCAACACCGCGAGUGUGAACAACCACGUGAAUGGUGUGGACAGUGAACGGGAGAGUGAACAUCAAACAAGUAUUGACACCACUAAGUCACUGCGAGCUAGGUUCGAGUCGCUAAAGAACGAGACGCAGCAACCAAAAGAGAAAGUGCAAAGACCAAAAGUCAAUAGAUUUGUGGAGAUCCAGACGAGCUGUGCCGAGUUCUGCUCGUCUUGCGAGAAGAAGGUGUACCCGCUGGAGAAGGUGGAGACGGGUGGCAAGCUGUUCCACAAGCAGUGCUUCAGGUGCCAGCAGUGCAACUGCAUCCUCAGGAUGGAGACGUACACCCUGAACGGGGGCAAGCCGUACUGCCUGCCGCACUUCAAGCAGCUGUUCAUCGCCAAGGGCAACUACGACGAGGGCUUUGGGCUGGACCAGCACAAGCGCAAGUGGAGGACUUCGUCCCGCAGCGACGACGACUUCCUCCUGAAUGGCAUCGACGGAGAGGCGUCCUCAUGAUCAUCGCAUCCCUCGUGACAUGUCCAGAUCUCUCAUCGCGUUGCAGGGCAGUUGUUGCUGGUGUAUAUACACAUACCACGAUAUUGAGCUUCCUUGCUGGCUAAGUGAUAAACUUCUAUCUUUCACUAUAUAAUAAAUUGAGUUUUUUUAAAAAAAAAGAGUUUUUUUUGUAAGAUUUUUUUUUCCAUAAAACUGUUGGUUAAAUUGCGAGUGGACCUCUACGCUUUGUAGACCGAAAUCUGAAGUCGCACAGCAAUUACAUAAUCCCCCCCCCCUCAUCCUCCAAUAUUCUGAAAGGUUAACAGUCUUUGCGUUUAAGUCUGGCUCAUAAUUAUUCUCAAAUUGUUGGCCGUACAUUAUCCACAGUAACAUUUUGUAAAUGCUGCGUUAAACAGAAUAUAAAAUAUGAUUUUUAUUUUAUUUUAAAGAAUUGAAGUAGAUAUUUACUUAUUUUAUAUUUCUUAGCAAAUUGCUUACAUAUAAUGCAUUGCCAUUUGUGUAUGGUAAGUGUGAUUUUAAUGUGCAUUUUAUUCUGAUUUUAAUGUGCAUUUUAUUCCGAUUUUAAUGUUUAAUUUGUGUAGUUAAUUGUGUUAGUUCUUUUAUUUGGCUGUUUACUAGUGUUUGUAGAGGCCCAUUACAUUGGAGGUUUGUAUAUACUGUUUAUUUGUCUUCUUACAGUAAUAAAAUACUCUACUAUGGAAUGUGAUUCUGGUUGUCAUUAGUGGAAAAAAUUAUUAAAUGCAGGAAAAAAACUAAAUCCAUACCUAGUUAACAGUAUUUGAACUGGUGUGAAACACAGCUGUUACGUGAGCUAGCAGAAGUAAGUACAGUGGUUGAAAUAUGGUUGUUGAAUGUUUUGCAGACAUCAAAGGGUUUAGUCUCUCUUAAGACCUUUUGGUUUUUUUUGUCAAACUUUCUAGAUUUCCUUGAGUGCUGUUUUUGUGCACAUGUUUCUUGUACAACUGUGGGCAUGCACUCGUUUGAGAGUGAGUUAUAGAGAAGCCUGUUCGUAUGUAAGUGCAUUACUGGAUGCUGUGCAUUCACAAGUUUCAACUGAUCUGAUACUCUGAUAGUUUAUGGUCUUGUAAGGGUUUCUAGGCUUCAGUUUAGGCUUAUUUAAAUAAUACUUGGUCUGUUUGUGUCUGCUUGUACUGAAAGUGCUUAAGAAGUAAAGUUUGUGUUUUGAUAUCAGAUUUAUAAAUGGGUAAAAAUUAUAGUUUCUUUUCUUUGUUUUGUCUUUUAAUUUGUUUGGCAUAUUGUUGCAUUUGUGGAAGAACAUCCAGCAAAUUACAGUACAGUCUAAUGUUUUUGCCAGAAACCACUUGGAGAAUAUUAUCACUCUCCAGUGCAGGUGGUUGGAAUCAGUCGCAACUUUUCAGAUGCUAGCAAUUGUCUGCACACCAUACGUGGGCUACAUUACAUUAGGUAUAUGGCAUGUGGUACAGAAAAGUGCACUUGCUCUAUGAAAUAAGCGACAACAUUUUUAGCUUCUAAAGAAAACCAUCAUUGAUUUACAUACUUAGACAAUCUGUGUUGUUUUAAUGCUGUUGAAUUAUGCAACCUAGGUUUUAUCGUGGUGUAAAUUUUUUUUCAGUUCCGAUAGUAGUCUGCUUGUUGAAAUGUAUUUACAAAAAAAUAAAUAUUUGAAGAGUUCUCUAUUGCAACUCAUUUUUCUGUUUAUAAUCAAUUUAACUGAAAAUUUACCUGGACUUAGGAGGGAAAAAAAUCAUAAUUUAGGUUAAAUUCCAGUAAAUAUGUGUAAUGUGUUUUUUUUUAAUUAGGUACUAGAGAUAUAUUUUAUAUAUUAAAUUCUAUGUAUGAUACACCAAAGAGGAAGUUUGAGUGGAAAACAUAAACAAUUUGAUUUGUAAUAAGGAUGAGCGACACAGUAAAGCAGACAGAAAAUAAUUUGAUGUGAUCAUUGAGUGGAGUAGAUUGUACUCAUUGUAUACUCUGUUGGUUAUAUUGUGUGUUAAAAUAUUUAUUUAUUUACUGUGAUGAAACAUAACAUUUAAGAGAAGGUAGAUGGCUGAUGUGUCCUUAAAAAAUUGGUAGAAAUUUUUUUAAUUUUUUUAAUGUUAACAAUUAAAAAAUAAAUAGUUUUUAAUAUCUGUGAUUGUUUUUCAUUUGCCAAUAUUUCACACAAGUGGGCAUGAUCGUUUGUUAUAAUGUACUUUUAAUUCUGUAUUUUACCUUUUUAAUUAUUUAUCAAUAACUAAAACAUCUGUUUAACUAAACAUAUUGGAGGUACAUAUUACUUCUAAAAUAUUCACCUUCCUUACAAAUAAUGUAAUUUAGAGUUAGAACUAAUAGACAUGUAAUUUCUUUGUAUUGCAUAUUUUGCUAAGUGUUAAGUCUGAAACUUAGGUUUAAGGUUUGGGAAAGCAAAGUAUUUUUUAUGCUCAAGCCAACUCAAGUCAUGAAGAUGGAAAGAAGUUAAAUUUGUAGUUUAUUUGUAAAUAUGAUGUAAACAAAAAAUAUAUUUGUUAUUUGUCAAAACCAGA